CUGUGGGCGUCGGUUUCCUCAAUCCCACCGUGUGUGCGGGAGAUGGUGAGGCUGCAGUGCAACACACCUGGACGACAGGUGAACCCUCUCAGGAGCUCCCGGUCCAGACUCACUGCGGACUCCCCGGCCUCCAGCGUCUGGUUGUCGGCUUCCAACUUCAGGAUGAAGCGCUGUCUUUUCACCAAGCAGAGGUUUCUUCAGCACGUACCUGAACCGACAGCGACGCCUGGAGCCCAUCAGGAGCGUCGACACCACUGACUUUCAGUGAUCUCGCGGCGCUGCGCAGAUAAUGUCCGAGAAUGUCCAUUUCUGGGACUUUGAGCAACUACUACGUGGACUCCAUCAUAAGUCACGAGAGCGAUGAACUCUCAGCCCCGGCUCGCUUUCCUAGCGUCCAGUACUCCGGCUCGAGCUCCGCUGCUGUGGCGGGCGGGAGGCAGCCCAGCGGAGCGGCGCACGCGGAGCAUCCUCAUCCCGACUCGUACCCGUCCUGCAGCUUCCAGCCGAAGCCCCCGGUCUUCUCCUCGUCCUGGAGCCCGUUCAGUCCGCACCACGGUGCCAGCGGCCUCCCGGCUGUCUACCACCCGUACAUCCCAGCGCAGCAUGUGCCUGCCGCGGACACUCGGUACCUCCGCUCAUGGCUGGACUGCGCGCCGCGCGGCUCAGAGUCUGUCCCGGGUCAGGGCCAGUCGGGGCAGGUCAAGCUGGAGCCACAGCUCGCACACCUCGGCGGUGAGAUCCCUCCCAAACUCGGCGUACAGCACCAACACGAGACCACCACGUACAUCCUGGAGUCGACGUCCACGGCGGCGCGCGAGCUGAGCCACCAUCCGGCAGCCAUCCCGGGGGCAGGGUUCGAGGAAAAUAAGGACAUUUGUGAAGGGAGUGAGGACAAAGAUGGCCUGGAUCAAACUGACCCCUCGGCCAACUGGCUGCACGCACGCUCCUCCAGGAAGAAGCGGUGUCCCUACACCAAAUACCAAACACUCGAGCUGGAGAAGGAGUUCCUCUUCAACAUGUACCUCACUCGGGACCGGCGGCACGAGGUGGCGCGCGCGCUCAACCUGACGGAGCGGCAGGUGAAGAUCUGGUUCCAGAACCGGAGGAUGAAAAUGAAGAAACAGAGCAAGGACCAACCCAAGGACUAGCGGGACUCCCCGAUUUGCACGCGCGCACAUUCAAAUGAUUCAGACGCACGUGCACGCACGCUCACAACAUGUACCUAACAUAGUGUAAACACAAAAUGGCCUUCUCUAAAACUGCAGAAACACGCACAGACAACGUUUCCAAUUUGUUUGAAACCUCCAGGCACAAGCACGUGAGCUCAAGCCCUAUCACACCGAUCAAUACACCUGAUCAAUGGCUUUAUUGAUCCUAACAGACGCUGAGGACGCCGCUACAUUAACACUGAAGUCUUAUGAAGGUCGGACUCGCUCCGUGUGACGUCCAAAGGAGACCAGAACUUUGGGACAUUUGAGGUUUUCAGUCGUGGAGGGUGAUGGGUAAAAAGUCACAGUAAUUCCUCCUGUCUUCUUAAUAUGUGUUGGACUGUCUCUGAAGGCGCAGACUGGACUGAUCGUUUCGUGACUCUUCCCGCAUCUUUAUUCCGCGCUGUUUUUAAUGCUUGCUUUAUUUUGAAAGGGAAGAGAGCAGCAAACUGCCUCGUGACGCUACAGAGAGGAAGAGAGAGAGGGAGAGAUGGUUUACUUCUGUAUCAAGCACUACUUUUCCUCUUAUUAGUUAUUUAUUACUUCGUAUCUGACACCGGAGGCACGCGAAGGUGCUGAAACCGGGGUUUCACGUGGCCAUUAAUAAGCACUAGAAGCGGAGGGGGAAGCACGCACGAACACGCACCUCCUAUUUUUUCUCCAGUCGCCGGCAGACUUUGAUUAGAAAAGCGCCUGAUGUUCGGGGUUGAUACAAGCAGCAAGCCGCCGUUUGUUUCCAGGUUGUCGGCCUAAGUAAUGAGCAGAUACCGGGAGGGGGUGGUGGUGGUGAUGAGAUGGUGGGGGUGUUAACCCGACUCAGCAACCGGGGAUCAGAUUAGGUUGCUGUCGAUACCGUGGAUCCCGCCCUCCAGCUACCUCUCCGGAUGCUUUAUGCGCUGCAGCGGCGGCUCAUGUACAGCCGCAAUCAGCUGUCGAUAGUCGCUUUCUUCUCGCCACGAGCCCGGAGUCAGCAGGGUUUAUUUGAGAGAAGACAGAGCAGUGCACCAGAACUUAGGAAAAUGAAACUACAAAUACAAUGUAUUGGUUUUGGUCACAGUUUGGUGCAUGCAUGUCAGAUUUAGGGAGAACUGGGGAUGGUUGCAACAUUUUUUUGCAUUUCUCUCACAGAUUGGAGAGGAAUCACAUCUAUAACCUACUAAUGGAACAUAUUUAAUGUUAACUACCCAUACUUUGAGAAUUAUGAAUAAUCGUUAAACAUGUUUCUUAAAAUAGACUAAUUGAACUGUGAUGAUGCAACUUACCCAAAAACAGGGACGUCUGCAAACCACAUGACAAAAAAAUAUAUAUUAAAAAGCAUUGUUCAUGUUUUUGAAAGCACUGAAAUCUCAAAUCAAUGCACUUGAUAGAAUUCGUUGUUAUAUUUUGAAGUACAAUGCAUCACAUAACAAUUUUGUUUUUUUCUAUUUUUAUAGUUUACUCAUUUCUAAUGUCAGUUCGCUAUUACAUGUGCUUUUCAAUCCUCCUAUCAGUAUUUUUAAAGAAAAAAUAGAGCUAUUUUUAAUGUGAAUCACUUUUAUUGACGUGGUUUGUUUUAAAUUUGAGAAAUUUGUUGCAAAGAUCCCCGGUCUCCCCUAUUUCAGGGGAUGAUUACACAGUCAGGUUAAAUAGCUUUUUCUCAGAUUCUGACCCUGCACGAUUUCACCAUCAGAUUUAAAAUUAGCAACACAAACGUUUCUCCGUCAGACCAGUCAGUACUGAUCCCCCAUGGCUGCAGAACUAUUUAAAGCGAAGAUGUAAAAAUGUCGGAUCCCAUUCCGCACAAAGUCCAGUGUGCGCUAAACUUUACUCAGUGUGCUUCUUGCUUUCUAAAGAAGAUCCGUCUCUUCUUUGAUACGUAUUGUUGUCCAAUAUCUGCUAUGCAAGUCGAGUUUUUUUCCAGGAAAUAUCCGGGUAGUGCGCGUAAAGGUGAUUCUUGGACUUAGUAAAGAGCAAAAUUCAAAGCCUAGUAUACCCACGUGUUUACCGACGAUUAAAGGAAACUCUUUUAGUGUUUACUUCGUGAAAAUAUGAUUCCCGGAGGUUGUAGAAUACAUUUAUAUGAACAGACAGAACUGAACAGCCGCGCAAAAUGCUUUAGCAAUAGUGUCAACGUUUAAUAGCUCAGAAAAUUAUCUGGUUAGAGUCAGUUUAUGCAGAAUUUUAUUGAUGUGAGUGUUAAAAUAUGAAGAGGCCAUGUUGGACGGCCCGGCCUGCCAUGGUGUUAUUUGAAGUGUCGGCGUAGUUAAAUGGCGUCCGAUGGCAGUUUUAUGGAUGGAUCAUAAACUACACACAGGCUUUACAGCGUUUACAACAGUGUGUGCGAGUGUGUGUGUGCGUGUGUGUUUGUAUGAGAGAGAGAUAGAGAGAGAAUGCGUGUGUGUGUGUGUGUGUGUUUGUGAUGUUGGAUGUUGCGGUUGCAGACCACAAAGGCUGCCUGUUCACCAACAUUAUAAAAACUAAACACACAUUAUAUAUAAAUAUAGUUAAACACACACUUGCCUCUUUUAUUCCCAUUUCUAAUUAAUACGCAGAGAUAACGGGUCUACAACCAGCCUUCUUUUUUUUUUUUUUUUUUGGCAAAGUCUUACACGGAUAAGCGCGUGCAGCAUCAAAUGCUCUAUUCACGAGUACAAAUGUUUACAUGGUUUGCGCAUGCCUCGAGUCUUUCGUCAUUUCGGGACGUUUUUUCGUCGUUUAGCUCUUUGUGUGUUCAAUGUUUCGGAGGGGAAUGCUUACAGAAAAAUUAAAACAGACUAGAUAAAAGUUUCUUGAUAGGAAAAAAGUCCUUAUUUAUUGUAUAUAAAGUGAGUAACCUCGUCUUUCUUAUUGGAAUAUGCUGAUAAUUGUUUGUCUUUUAUGGAUUUUACUGUAUAUAGAUGAUUUUGUUUUUCUUUUUGUCCUUCAUGUUCUUUAAAAUCUGUUUCUCUGUUUCUGUGCUGACUGUCUGAAUUUCGUGUUCUGAUUCCUGGUGAGCUCUUUGUGUCUAAAAGUGAACAGUGCUGAUGGACUGAAGCCUAACAGAGGAUGGAGAGAUUGGUUACAUUUUGAUAUGCGUCCAUAGAAAUGAUCAGUUUAUUGUCUACUUUCUGCCCCCUCUCUGAUAUUUCAGUAUUUACUCUCCUGACUGUAGGGACUCAGUUUCUGGAGUUUCUUGCUGUUAAUAAAUACGGACAGAGCCCCAGAAGUCGUUCCAUUUCCCCCUCGCCUUUUAAUGAGACAAAUGUACACCAUGUGUCCACAGUGAAGGCUUUAUUAACAAGCAGACGAGCUCCAGUCUCUGUGAUCCUCUCCUCCAUGUCUCCAUGUGUCCUUUCUUGUGCGUUUUCCUCUCUUCUGUGUUGUUGUCUCCUGUUUCUUUGUGCGAUGGCACUGCUGAUGCUGGAUUCCUAUUAAAGAAGAGACUUUACAGAACA